ACUGCAGCUCCAGGAAUGUCCGCCACAGCCUCUUCUCUGUCACUUUCACUUGCAUUUUUGAGCCUCUAUAAAAGGCAGAAGAAGCUGCAGGAGCGGACGGACGGACAGAUCUGUGCUGCACGGACACGCCCGCUGCUGACGAUGCCGCCAGUGCUUUCGAUGCCGCAGCCUAUCUGCCUGAUAGAGAAUGUUAACGGGAAUACUCUGGUCAUUAAUAAAGAUGCGGAGAAGAUCCUUCUGGAAAUCUCGCAGCCGGUGGUGGUUAUCGCAAUCGUAGGAAAAUACCGGACGGGGAAAUCCUAUCUGAUGAACAAACUGGCCGGGAAAAGAAGCGGUUUUGCUCUGGGAUCCAGCAUCCAGUCAAAGACCAAAGGGAUCUGGAUGUGGUGCGUUCCUCACCCUCAAAAUCCUGGACAAACCCUUAUUCUACUGGAUACAGAGGGACUGGGCGAUGUGGAGAAGGGAGACUGUAAGAACGACGCUUGGAUCUUCUCCUUGGCGGUGCUGCUGAGCAGUGCCUUCGUGUUUAAUAGCUUGGGGACCAUUGACCAGCAAUCUAUGGAGCAGCUACAUUAUGUGACCGAACUGACAAAACUGAUUAAGCUGAAGUCGUCCUCCGGAGCAAAAGACGACACCGGCGAAUAUAAGAGAUUCUUCCCGUCAUUCACCUGGUGCGUCCGAGACUUCACUCUAUUACUGGAGAAGGACGGUAAACCCAUCACAGAAGACGAGUAUCUGAUGACAUCUCUGCAGAUGAGGAGAGGUACUGACAAGGAAGCCAAGAACUAUAAUUUACCCCGUGAGUGCAUUCUACAUUUUUUCCACACGCACAAAUGUUUCGUAUUUGACCGACCGGCGUCAAAGAAAAAUCUUCAGGUUCUGGAAGAACUAGAAGAAAGUGAAUUGGAAGAGGAAUUUGUGGAACAGGCAACGAGAUUCUACAGUUACAUGAUCACCGAGAGCCGCGUGAAGACACUGGCUGGAGGAAUGGAAGUCACCGGGAGAAUGUUAGCGGUUCUCGCUGACUCCUAUGUGAAGGCAAUUCAGAGCGGAACAGUCCCCUGCAUGGAGAAUGCGGUUCUGGCUUUGUCCGAGAUUGAAAACACAGGAGCUUUACAAGACGCACUGUCCGAAUAUGAACGGGAGAUGGACAACCAUGUCCUGAAGUUCCCAACAGAGACACAGCAAGAAUUCCUGAACCUACACAUGGAAUGUGAGAAAGAGGCCAUCAAAGUCUUCCUGGGACGAUCACUGAAUGAUAAGGACCAGAAAUAUCAACACAAGUUGAAGGAACUGAUUGAUAAUAAAAUGAAUGAAUAUUCCACAAAGAAUGAAACGGCUUCAAGAGAUUUCUGCAGGAAACUUCUCCGACAGCUGAGUCUGACUAUGGAGGAUGACAUAUUGGCCGGAAGAUAUUCCAAACCUGGGGGACACAAAUUGUAUUUAAUGGAGAAGCUUAAGGUUAUGGAAACUUACAACGUAACUCCUGGAAAAGGCAUAAAGGGUCUGGAAGUGAUGCAGGAGUACGUCUCUGAGAAGAAGGACGUUGAAGCUUCCAUCAUCCAAGCAGACAACACCCUGACUGAGAAAGAGAGACAGCUAGCAGAGGAACGGGCUCAAGUGGAAAAUGCAGAGAGGGAGAGAGAAAUUAUGGAGCAAAAUAACAGAAAUCUGCAAGAACGCAUGGAAGACCAAAACAGGAGCUUCAAGCAGCAUGAACAAAUGGUCAUGGACAACAUGGAACGAGAGAGGAAGAUGAUGAUGCAGCAAAACGAACUGGUGAUCAAGCAGAAGCUUAAGGAGCAAGAAGUGAUGAUGAAUGCAGGGUUUCACGACAAAAUGAACGCUCUGCAGAGAGAAAUCAAUAGUUUACGGAGUCAGAACAGCUCAGGUGAAGGAAGUUGUAUUGUAUUGUAAACUACUUUGAAAAAAUAAACUCUUUAAAAAAAA